AGCCACGGGAACGGCCGGUAAAUCUAUAUAGUUAAACUCGAUAAGGUUCAGUGGCUUUAUUACGUAACAUUGCGGCAACGUUUGUGAAUUCUAAGCCACAGCUGUCCUCAUCGACAAUCCUCAAGAUCAAGACACCGCUAUGGUCAACCUUCGUUCUCAAAAGCGACUCGCCGCAGCCGUCGCCGGUGUUGGCAAGCGCAAAAUCUGGCUCGACCCUGCUGAGCAAGCUGAGAUCGGGAAUGCCAACUCCCGCUCGCACGUCAAGAAACUCAUUAAAGAUGGACGUGUCAUCAUAAAGCCUACUGUUAUCCACUCCCGUGCCCGCACCCGCGACCUUCUUGCCGCCAAGCGCAAGGGUCGUCACACUGGUCCGGGUAAGAGAAAGGGUACUGCUGAGGCUCGUCUCCCCACCAAGGUGCAAUGGAUGCGGAGACAACGGGUUCUGAGACGGUUGUUGAGGAAAUACAGAGAAGCAGGCAAGAUCGACAAACAUCUGUAUCACUCCUUGUACCAAAAAUCGAAGGGUAACGUCUUCAAGAACAAGCGCGUCCUCAUGGAGUACAUUCACAAAGCUAAGGCUGAAAAGAACCGUACCAAGGUCCUCAGUGACCAGAUGGAAGCUCGCCGUGGGAAGAACAAGGCCACUCGUGAACGUCGCGCCAAAAGACUGGCAGAGAAGCGGCAAGCAAUUCUUGCAGUGGAGCACGAGGCAGCUGUUCAGGAGUAAAAUGGUUCAUGUGUAUUUACGAUUUCAUUCCGACCUGCUCGGCCCCGCACUCUAUAGCACUUAUGCUAUGUCCACAUGCUUCUACGAUCGCUCACAUACUUCACCAUGCAUUCUAUUUCUCAUUUUUCUCCAUCGUAAACAUGAUGAAUACGUGCAAUGUUCCCUGAGGUCAGAUAUUG